AUGCCUUUCGUCAUCGACCUCAAGGGACAGACCGUCGUCGUCACCGGUGGUAACCGUGGUAUCGGUCUCGCCAUCAGCGAAGCCGUUGCUGCCGCUGGUGCCAAUGUCGCCAUCCUCUACCGCUCGCACCCCAAGGCCCAGGAAGCCGCCGAGAGUGUCGCCAAAAAGUUUGGUACCAAGGUUAAGGCCUACCAGUGCGACGUCGGCGACGACGCUCUGGUCAAGAAGACGCUCAAGCAAGCUCAGGACGAGCUCGGACAGGUGACCGGUCUGGUUGCCAACGCCGGUGUCUCUGUUGUCAAGCCCGCCGUCGAGCUGACCUCGGAUGACUUCCGCUACGUCUACGACACCAACGUGUUGGGUGUCUUCAACACUGCCAAGGCAGCUGCACAGCUCUGGAUCGAGUCGGGCUACAAGAAGGGCUCCAUUGUCAUUACAUCAUCCAUGUCUUCCGAGAUUUACAACCAGAAGGGCCUCAACGACCCCUUGACCCAGGUGUUCUACAACUCGUCCAAGGGUGCUGUCACCAACUUGGGUAAGUGUCUGGCUGCCGAGUGGGCCACGCACGGCAUCCGCGUCAACAUUUUGGAACCCGGCUUCUGCAACACGGAGCAGACGAGCGGCAUGGACAAGAGCAUCCGCGACUACCAGGCUUCCAGCAUCCCCCUCGGUCGCUUCUCGGAGCCUCACGAGCAGGCCGAGCCCUGCGUGCUCCUGCUGAGCGACAAGUCGUCCUACAUGACCGGCUCUGUCUUGCGUCCCGACGGUGGUUUCACUAUCUGGUAA